AUGGACACCAAGACUACCGACCCCGAGUUGGUCGCGUCGACUGACGCGUCGAGCACUGAUCCAACCGACGUGCAACUGCUAGCCCGUAUGGGCUACAAGCAGGAACUCCGCCGACAAUAUUCCACACUGCAGGUGUUUGCGAUUGCAUUUAGUAUUAUGGGCUUGGUGCCCUCGAUUGCGUCGACACUCUCGUUUUCUCUGCCGGCAGGUCCAGUGGGCAUGGUUUGGGGAUGGUUCACAGCGAGUUUAUUCAUCUUGUUGGUCGGGCUGGCGAUGGCCGAUCUUGCUUCUGCGAUGCCCACAGCUGGAGGGCUCUAUUUUUGGACUCAUUAUUUUGCUGGACGUCAAUGGAAGAACCCGCUUAGCUUUCUGAUCGGGUACAGCAAUACACUGGGCCUAAUUGGAGGGAUGUGCUCCGUGGACUAUACCCUCGCCCUCAUGAUCCUCUCCUGUGUAUCGAUCGCACGAGACGGAUGGUCCGCCUCGCGCGGUGUCAUUUAUGCUGUUUUUAUCGGACUGGUCCUUUUACACGGAAUCUGCGCCUCCCUAGGUGGCCGUUUUAUGCCAAAGAUCCAGACAUUUUGCAUCUACAUCAAUGUCGCGCUCGUUGUUGCGACAGUGAUAGCACUGCCAGUUGGAAAGGUCACCCGCGGCGGAUCUCUCAACUCAGGUCAUUUCGUCUACCGCCAUAUUGACAACGAAACAACCUGGCCGACCGGAUGGGCAUAUAUGCUCGCAUGGCUAGCCCCAAUCUGGUCUAUCGGAUCAUUCGAUUCCUGCGUGCAUAUGAGCGAGGAAGCUCUGCACGCUGCCAGAGCCGUACCUCUCGGAAUUAUUUGGUCGGCUGGCUCUGCAAUCGUACUUGGGUUUUUGGUUCUCUCUAUCAUCGCGGCCACUAUGAAUCCGGAUGUGAGCGUGACAUUGAAUACAGGUUUUGGUCAGCCAAUGGCUCAGAUUUAUUAUGAUGCGCUGGGCAGAGAUGGUGCUUUGGUAUUUAUGGCUAUACUCUGCUUCUCUCAAUUCCUCAUUGGCCUCAGCUUGAUAGUUGCAGCUUCUCGUCAGGCUUGGGCCUUUUCUCGCGAUGGUGCACUUCCUUUUUCUGGUUUCUUCCGACAUGUAAGUGAGCGGAUUAAGUACCAGCCUAUUCGCGUCAUUUGCGGUAUCGUGGUCGUCUGCCUUGUGUUGGGCUUGCUAUCCUUGAUCAACUCAGCUGCUGCCAAUGCUCUCUUCUCGCUCUUUGUCGCGAGUAAUUACCUCUCAUGGGGCACACCGAUAUUUUGUCGCCUGGUCUGGGGCCAGGAUCGCUUUCGCCCUGGCGAGUUCUAUACUGGCCGAUUUAGCAAGCCGAUUGCAUGUGUGGCUGUUGUCUACCUGCUCUUUGGUGUUGUUCUAUCUAUGUUCCCAACCGCGGGUCCCAACCCAUCUCCAUCGAAUAUGAAUUACACCAUCGUCAUCAAUGGCUUUGUCUGGGCUGGCUGCAUGAUAUACUACUUUAUCUUUGCGCGACACUGGUAUACUGGACCACAGAUGACUGUUGGUGAGAACGCGUCUACCGUUUCGAAUAAUACUAUCGGUUCUUCGGUAGCUUCCUGUUUCAAUGGAAACGGACCUGCCGCUGACGGACGUAAGGGGGAUUAA